AUGCCGGAGUGCCGUGGCGUGGUUGGAGGCAUGGGCGGUGUCAAUGGAGGUGGUGGUGGUGAUGGUGUUGUCCACAUAAGGCAAGGAGGCAGCGCCUUAGGCGUAGGCCAGGUAUUGGGCACUUGUGCAAGAAGCACAUGCGAAGUGUUAAGUGACCUAGCCUCAAGUGGGCAGCUCUCUGGCAUUGGUGGAGGUCAGCUAAUAGGUGUGCCAAGUAGCAAAGGUAGUGUCUCGGGCUUUGCCUUUUGUCUUGGUAAGGCGAUUCUGAUUGCCCAUUCAUUCCUUAGUUGUUUUGUAAUUGUCUUGACACUUGAUCUUAUCUUUCGCUG